AUGCUCGAAUUGAUUCGAGACUCGAGGGUGUGCGUGGACAGUGAGGGUGUGCGGGGGCACUGGAGGCAUGUGGAGAGGUGUCAGGGCCUGCUGCUAUCACGGUGUCUGAAGAAGUGCCUGGUAUGUUUGACUCACUUGGAGGCAUGUGGAGCACUGGAGGCAUGUGGAGAGGUGUCAGGGCCUGCUGCUAUCACGGUGUCAGAGGAAGUACCUGCCGGAGUGCUAGGGGAGGCGAUGCAGACGUUCAGCAUUACAGGCCUCUACGUCACGUUCGUGCUCGCUCUGGGGCGACUCAUUCGCUCACAAAGCUCCGACCUUCGCCUCAAGAUUCCCUACGAAAACCUUCCCUCCUGCGAAAGGCUAAUGGCCAUAUGUGAAGAUUUAUAUGCGGCACGAGCAGAGGGGGACCUGGAGCUAGAAGAAGGGCUUUAUUGGACUCUAAUAAAAAUUUAUCGCUCACCGCAUGUGCUUCUUGAAUAUACCAAGGGUGACAAAGCUGAUUGA